GCACGAGGGGGGCCCGGAACAGGCGUGUUUUUCGGUUUUAGAAUCUCCUUGCUUAUUUAAGAUUUACGUAUUUUCACAAUGAGUAAUUACAAAAAAUCGAAGUUUCUCUAAGAAAAAAGUGUCAAACGAAUAACGGAAAUGGGACUGAACAGUUAGAAGGAGAUAAAACAGAAUCAGAAGUGUCGCCCUGUAAAAAUACAAAAUUCCAAUUAUUUAUUAUUCAAAUAUUAGCAUAUACCUUCUUCCUUGCUGAAAAAGUAAAAAAAAAACGGCCAACUUUAACUGCUUGUAUCUUUCAAACUGAUAGUUUUACACAAAUAAGGCUGAAUAAGAACCAUUUCAAAACUAUCAUUAAUUAGGGCCUCAAAAAUUGGUUUUACGGCACUGUACUGGACUAGACAGUUUCACAAAAGAAAAGAAGCACGUGUUAGGCGUUGUAUCAGGUUGUACAAAAACAAGUUUAUCAAUCAUGGAAAAGAAGUUUGGACAGUUUACACCAGUUAUUACUUCAGGGUCUUCUGCAUCCAAAGGAAAAGCUCUGACUGGAAUUCCACUCCAAAUACGAAAUUUAGUUGUGGAACUACAUUCAAACAUACAGAAAUGGAAUGCUGCACAUUUAAAGGGAGUUCCUAUUGUACAAUCCAUAAUUGACCUUAAAGUUGAUGAAUCUUAUCCAGAGGAAUUAAUUCAACUAUGUUCAUCGUUGGAGAAAGUUUGCGAGACAGCAGAUGAGGUAGUGAAUAAUCUUCAAAUUAUCGUCGACAAAUUGGAAAAAUUAGAAUCGGUGCACCAGAACAAGGGCAUUUUAUUUUUAACUUGGCCGAUUGAAAAAUAUGUUAGCACAGUGAAAAAUAUUUAUGCAGCUUAUAAGGAUGAGGCCAAAGUAAAACGAGUUGUUUUCGAAAAUAUUGCUCACCAACAUGAAGAGGCUGAAAAAAUGGUUUAUUUUACAAGCUGGAUAUACCAACCGCAAAUACCUGAUAAUUUAACUCUUAGGGUCGAAGCAAUGUUGAUAGAAACUGGAUUGAGAUAAACUAGUGGAGAAAGUUAUGGGAAAUAAUCUAUGAAAUAUUUAUGUUCCUAUGGAACGAAGGAUUAUUUGAUUUUUAUAAAAUCGGAACAUUAAUACUAUUUAAGAUUCUGUGUAAUAUUAUUUUGUACAAAGAGAGUUUUCUUUUUGCAAUUGUUGUCAAUAAUAAAGAUUCUAUUUUCAAGUGAGU